AUGGGAACUAAGCGCUCAUUCAAGGAGGUCGAUGCCUCGACGCCCGAGGAAGGCCUCGAAGACGGCAGGCAGAUGAAGAAGCAGAAGAGGAAGGAGGAUAACAUAAACUGGGUGAAGAAAAGGGCAAGGGAUAUUGAAAGGAUAUUCAAGCGAGAUAAUUCAAAACUCCCGGCCAAUGUACAAAAGGACUUGGAGCGGGAGUUGGCUGCUCACCGCAAUCGGAUCGCAGAGGAGAAGGACAGAAAGCUCAAGGUCAAGAUGAUUGGGAAAUAUCGUAUGGUCCGCUUCUUUGAGAGGAAAAAGGCCAUGCGACUGUCGAAGCAGCUGCAGGGACAGCUCGAGAAGGCGACUGAUCCAGCCGAGAUGGAGACUCUCAGGGCGGAUAUGCAUAUCGCCGAGGUUGACGUCAACUACACCAACUAUUUCCCACUCAUGGAGCCGUACAUCAGCAUGUACAAAGUCACAACUGCGGAUAAGCCAGACGACAAGAGUACUGCUCAACUUGCCCUCCGCUCGGAGAGACCCCCCUUGUGGCCGACGGUCGAGAAGGCCAUGGAAGAGGGACAAGAAGCGCUAGAGCGGCUCAGAGACAGGCAUCCCGAUGCUGAUGCGAAGCCACCGGCCCAACCAACCUCGAAACAACCCCCCGCGGGCAAGGCGAAGGCCAAGGAUUCGAGCGAAACCAAGCCAAACAAGGCCAGCGGGAGCAAGACACGGGCUUCUGGUCCUAGGAGCAAAACUCAUAAUAACAUAAAGCCAGAGGAGAGCAGUGAUAGCGAGGGUGGUGGGUUCUUUGAAGACGCCUGA